UUCAUAUUCGGUUCGCAUUCCUGUGUCUGCUCUUCGCAAAAAUGAUGUCAGCUGGUGCGGUGCUCAUUGAAUUCUCCUGAAAAUAUUAUUUUAUGUUCGAGAUGAAGAGCAACACAUGAAAUAGGAACGAUCUCCUACUCAUAUUUUAUUACAGUAUAGGGUCAGACGUCAAGAAAGGCAGCGAAAUUUCUUCAAAAUGAUGCUCUCAAGGCAAAAGCCGGCCACUGGGCCAGGCUCCUCCACACCAGCACAGGAGAGUAAGAAGAAGAAACAGAUGCCAAAACUCACAGAACUCCUGGAUCUCAGAGACUACACAGGGGCUUGUACAUUAUUAGAGUUCACUCGCCAUAGCGGCAAGGGUUCCGAUGAGACAGACAUGUGGCUGGCCUUCUGUCUCUUUCACCUCGGUGAUCACAAACAAGCAAUGGAGGAGUAUGAGAAGCUAUCCAAGAAGGAAACUUGUAAUCCGGAAGUCUGGGUCAACCUAGCUUGCUGCUACUUCUUCCUUGGAAUGUACCCACAGGCCGAUGAAGCAGUCAAUAAAGGACCCAAGAGUGGACUGCAAAACAGGCUUCUCUUUCAUCUAUCACAGAAGUUUAAUGAUGAGAAUCGACUGAUGAACUACCAUCAGUCCUUACAAGAUAUCAUUGAGGAUCAACUUAGUCUUGCCUCUAUUCACUAUCUCAGAAGCCACUACCAAGAAGCCAUUGAUAUCUACAAACGCAUUCUCCUUGAUAAUCGGGAGUACCUGGCCUUGAAUGUGUAUGUAGCGCUGUGUUACUACAAGCUAGAUUACUAUGAUGUAUCCCAGGAGGUAUUAGCUGUUUAUCUACAGAACUACUCAGACAGCGCUAUAGCCCUCAAUCUCAAGGCUUGCAAUCACUUCAGGCUCUAUAAUGGAAAGGCUGCUGAGGCUGAGCUGAAGAACCUACAGGACCUGGCCUCGCCCUCAUUUACAUUUGCUCAAGAUCUCAUCAAACACAACCUUGUUGUCUUCAGGGCUGGAGAGGGAGCCCUCCAGAUUCUUCCUCCACUCAUCGACGUCAUCCCAGAAGCGAGGCUAAACUUGGUCAUCUAUUAUCUCAAGCAAGAUGAUGUGAACGAAGCUUAUAACCUGAUCAAGAAUCUGGACCCGACCACACCCCAGGAAUACAUCCUCAAAGGAGUAGUCAAUGCUGCUCUGGGACAAGAGCAAGGAUCGAGAGAACAUCUGAAGAUAGCACAGCAAUACUUUCAGCUAGUAGGUGGAUCAGCUAGUGAAUGUGAUACGAUUCCUGGAAGACAAUGCAUGGCAUCUUGUUUCUUCAUCCUCAAACAAUUUGACGAUGUCCUCAUAUAUCUCAAUUCAAUCAAGAGCUACUUCUAUAACGAUGACAACUUCAACUUUAACUACGCUCAGGCCAAGGCCAUGGCAGGCAACUACAAAGAAGCAGAAGAGAUAUUCAUGCUGAUUCAGAAUGACAGACACAAACAAGACUAUGUCUAUCUCAGCUGGCUAGCUAAGUGCUAUAUAAUGAAUCGUAAGGCCCGUCUAGCCUGGGAGCUCUAUCUUAAGAUGGAGACAUCUGGGGAUUCAUUUAGCCUUCUACAGCUAAUAGCCAAUGACUGCUAUAAGAUGGGUCAGUUCUACUACGCCUUCAAAGCCUUUGACGUCUUGGAAAGGUUGGAUCCUAACCCAGAGUACUGGGAAGGCAAGAGAGGUGCUUGUGUGGGUGUCUUUCAACAGAUCAUAGCAGGUCAUGAACCACGGGAGACGUUACGAGACAUCCUGCAGAUCUUGAGGAACACGGGGAAUCCCCAGGUGGAAUACAUCAUCCGAGUCAUGAAGAAAUGGGCCAAGGAUAACAGGGUACCGAUCGGUAACUAGGCAACCCGUCCAUGAAGUAGGAUGUGAGGAAGAUGAGGAGGAGACGAUGAAAUAUACCAGUCAUGGUAGGCAAGUUCUGGGCACGCAAAGGUCAUAGUUCACCUACAUCCCUUUGAAACAUGUGUUAUAAAAUUAGCACACAGUUCAUGGGAUGUUGGUGGAGUUUUAUUUGAAACAGUUUUGUGAGACGUUGCCUAGCAUCGCUGUUUACAUGAAGAGAAACUGAGAAAAGAAAGAAAAGUUACUUUUCCCUAAAUUUAGAAUGAAAACUUUGCCAUGACAGGCAGCUCAGAAGAGAGUUGUAACUUUCCAUAUUAAAUCACUCAUAAAUCACUAACAAGUUUUUGUUAUUUAUGGUAAAACCAUUAUAAUUAAUUGCAGGAUUUCAAUAAAUGUGUUGUUUUCAUGGAAAUUACUUGUGUACUGCAUCUGAUGACAUAUUUAAGAUUUGACAUGUUAUGGACUUUACAGGGGCACAUGUCCCUAGGAUAGGAUGUUUAAUGGAGGCCCGAUGUAGAGGAGAGUUACCACCAUCGCAUGUUAAGAACCCACUGCACUAUUUGUUUAUUAAGAGCAGGGGGGAACCCUGGUGUAGUGGUCCACCUGCACACCCUCGAUCAGUUAUACCGGGAGGAGAGACCUGAGGGUUUCAGUGAUUCAGUUUGCUUUCACCUCCAUGCAGGCACAGGUGACACCAAAUACACAUUACUGUUUGAAUGAAAUGGGCAGGAAAAAUAUGAGAAAUAGGUUUUGGACAAGUAACAACAUGUGAAAUGCUAAGUUGAACAACCAUUCCUGGACAAAAGAUGCUCACCCAUAAAGAACCACCCUUUCCCCCCACAGGCAGUGGUUUAAUUCCAUUUACAGAGCUGCCAACCAUUCCGUUUUUUCCUCCAAAUUACGGAAUUACGUUUUUCCUUCAUAAAAUACUUUUUUUUUUUCUUUUUUUUUUUACAUACCGCACGUCAAACACCUGCCCUAAAAUGGCAAUUUGAUCACAUUUUCAAUAGAAAACUAAUUUUAAAACAUACUUGAAGAGAAAAA